AUGCAAGGGCCCUCAGCUGCUUAUGCCAAAGACAUGGAGACAAUCUCCGCCAAGGAAUCUUUGCUUCUUGCGUUCAAAGAUGCUGGAGGAUUUGAGGCAGUAGUCACCGGAAAAAUUACAAGUGUACAACGUAUUGAUGUUAAUGAAAGAAUAGUUAAUCUCGAGAGGCUGAACCCGACUCCAAGACCAACAACGUCUCCUUAUUUGGAAGGUCAGUGGAAGUUUGAGUGGUUCGGAUCAGGAACUCCAGGGUUCUAUGCUGUUCGACUUUUAUUCGGGAGUUUUCCUCCAACAUUGGCAAAUUUUUCAAAACUGGAUGUGGUGAUCAAGGAUGGAUAUGCGAAUAUUUCUGCAGCCAUAGAAUUAUUGAAUUCGGUAACAGAAUUUAUUAUCUUCACUCUCUCGACAAGGCUAUACAUCGAGGGCCCUCUUCGGAUGAAAGAAGAAUAUACGCAAGGGACAUUUGGCACGCCAAAACUCAACCAAGAAUCAAUACCAGAGCAACUAAAAAGUGCUUUUGGUUGGGCUGCAAGCAGUCUGCAGCAGCUUCCUGUUCCAAUUACAGAUGUUGUGGCCAGUGGAUUAAAAGUCCCCCUCACUGGGACAUUCGAAAGGUUGUUCAUGAUAUCCUAUCUUGACGAAGACAUAUUGAUUACGAGAGAUACAGUUGGAUUACCUGAAGUGCUUACGAGAUUAGAUCCCGAACAAUCGCCUGAGCCAAUUGUUGAAUAUGAAAGUUGA